CGCAAAAUGCCAUUCUCGUUUAUUCAUAAACGUAAAAUACAAAUUGUUUUACGAUUUAUUGUGGAUUUUCUCAAGCAUAAUCCCAUACAUUGUACAUCGUAUUUGGCAAAAACCCAGAUUCAUUGGUUGGAAUUAAUGUACUGGAUUUUAGCACUUUUAAUAUUUCUUAUUAUUGGUUUUAUAUGUGGUAUGGAUUUAAUUGCCGACUAUGUAUCCAGAAAUACAGCUUUGACAACUAAUAUUGCCAAUGGUGUUAUGCAAACUUAUUAUCCCUCAUUAACCUUGUGUCCAGAUGAUAUAUUGGAUCAGAAAAAGUUAAAGCAUUUCAAAAGAGAAUAUGCUAAAAAGCUCCUUAAAAUGCAAUAUUUUCCUAAUCAUAAUAAAUUCCUCAAGGAAAUAUGGAAAUUGGAGGAAUUUUUACAACAACUUUCAAAAACAACAGCUAAAAAGGCAUACCCAUAUGCAUCCGGUAGUACCAUACCACAAGAGGAUUAUAUGCAGUUGAUCUUUAAUUUAUCACGCAACUACGAUGUUAGAGUGGAAAACAAAACUGCCGUAAAAAUAAUGACAGAAGUUGGAAUAUGUUAUACAAUUAACAAUAUUCAUAGUAAACAAUUAUAUACGAAAUAUUGGCGGGAUUUAGAACCAUAUCCGAAAAACUACAAUGAUCGUUUUACGCAAAAAUCUUUCACUUUUCGCAGCACUUUUCCUUUGCGAACUAAUAUAAAUCAUAAUAUUACUGGCAAGAUAACAGUUUACGCACAUAAUCCAUAUGAGGUGCCGACAAUUUGGACUCGACCAGCUCUAAUAAUUAAUAAAGAUAAUAAUACGUACAUUUUAAAAGCUGCUAUUCAACAAAUCACAGUUGAUGAAACUGUCUUUAAUCGUACACUAGAAUUAUCAUGUACAACAAAUUCGAUUAUAUUGUGUCGUUAUCUGGUGCCUUGUCGUCAUUCUUUGGAUUUACUAUAUAUGGUUUAUGUGAUUUCAUAUAUUUCUUUACUAUACGAAUAUAUUGGUUUCGAAAAGGUUUUCGAGGUGCAAUCGAUGAAUUGA